CAUGAAUGACGAGCACAGUGGAGAUUAAAAGGAACCGAAAUGUUAGAAUCUCAGUUGAUCGUCUGCGUUAUACAUUCGGAAUCUACACAUCUCUACAGCUCUAGGAUGUUACUGCUGUUUCAAACCCUACUGCUUUUGGACGGUUUGUUUGCUGCAGAAACAGUCGAGACAGUGACAGUGAUUGAGGGAGAUUCUGUUACUCUAUACACAAAUCUUGCUGAAAUACAGAACGAUGAUACGAUACUGUGGCUGUUCGGACCUAAAGACUCUGUCAUUUCUCAUAUAACGAGAAAGCAAGACCUGACUUCAUUUUUUGUCACUGAUGGCGCGAUAUUCAGAGACAGAUUGCAGGUGAAUCAAAAGACUGGAUCUCUCACCAUCAGAAACACCAGAAUCAGACACAUGGGACAAUAUAAACUCAGCAUCUCUAGAAAAAAUACUACGACCAAGAUAUUUGAAGUUAUUGUUAUUGGUGUGGUUGGUGAGACGGAUGGAGUGAAGUCAAUGUCAGUGAUGGAGGGAGAGUCUAUAAUUCUACGGAAUGAUUUUUCUGAAGUACAGAGAGAUGAUCUAAUAGUCUGGAGGUUUGGAGAUAAAGGCGUCCUCCUGGCUAAAUUUGAUGUGGAAACUAAUGACACGUCAUUAAACAAUGCUGAUGAGAAAUUCAGAGACAGACUGAAGCUGGAUCGGAAUGGAUCUCUGACCAUCGAGAAGACCAGAACUACAGACUCUGGAAUUUAUGAACUACAGAUCAGAGGCCGUGCGAGCUCACAGCGAUUUCUGGUUUCUGUCAGUGAUUCAGAUCCAUCUCCAGGUCUUAUAGCAGGAAUUGUUGUUGCUGUUGUUGUUGCACUGGUUUUGGCUGCAGUUGCAUCCUCUGUUGUGGUUCACUAUUGCUGCAAGAUCUCUGAACUGGAAAAAAAGUCGGUGAGUAUUACAGCUGAUAGAAAAGGACUUUUUUAUUCUAUUUGUUUUAUUGUACCAUCCUGAUUCUGAGUCAAUAGAUUAAUUCGCCAUACAAAUAAUGGUAGAUUUCCCACAUUGUCACACUAUGUUUAUGUUUAAUUGAACAGUUCAUAUUUAAAGAGCUGAUUCACCCAAAAUUGAAAAUCACCCAUGAUUUACUCACCCUCAAGCUAUUCAAAAUGUAUAUGAAUUCUUCUUUCCAACAAGAACAAUCAGAGUUAUAUUAAAAAUAUCCUUGCUCUUCCAAGCUUAAUAAUUGUAAUGGAUGGUACCUGAGAUUUUGAAGCCCAAAAUAGUGUAUCCAUCCUUUAUAAAAGUGAUCCAAAGAGCUACAAAUGGUUAAUGAAGUAAAGCAAUGUAAUAUCCAUAUUUAAAACUUUAAUUUAAAACUAAUAACCUUCUUCAGGCAAACAGUUAUACAAAAGUCGAGUUGACAUAUGAUGAACUGACAAAAAUUCAGAAGUGCAAUGCAUAGAGCAAAACAAAACAACAGUCAAAAUUAAGAAGUGUAAAAUAAUACAUUUUCAAAGAGAAAUGUUGGAGGAUUUUGGUAUAAGAGAGAAGGAGCUUGAGUUUGGUUAU